AUGGACCCCAAUGUGGUCAAGUCAGGAAACUUCGAUUUGAUCUGGCGCACAAAGGGAAAGAGCAACUACAAAGGGUUCGCAGAGCAGUUCUACGCACAACCACUCAUCUACACCCCGCCAGGCCACCGCCAAUACGUCUACGCCGUGUCCCAGCACAACUAUGUCUACCGCUUCGAUGCCGUGACCGGCGAGCUCCUGAACUACCGGCAACUACACAUCCCAUUCCUAGUAGCCGACCUCGACGGCUGUAACGAUAUUUCGGACCUUAUCGGUUCUACGGCCACCGGCGUUAUUGAUCCCAACAGGAACUCGUGGUUCGUCACGACGAAGACCUACGUCGACCAAAACAAUCAGAACCGGCAGGGAUUGGCAAACGGCAGAUACUAUAUCCAUGCAUUGGAUGUUAUCACGCUGGAGGAGCAGCCAGGGUUUCCUAUACCGCUUGAGGGUAUUGUUGGGGACAAUGCACCAUGGAGGGUCUUUCAGAGCGGGAAGCACCAUCAGCGUCCGGCUAUGAUACAGAUGGGAGACUAUGUCUACGCUGGGUUUGCCAGCCACUGCGUGCAGUACAACUUCACGGGAUGGAUCAUGGGCUGGCAUGCCGGUUCCGGAGAGCUAGUAAGCAGGUUUGCUACCGAAGGCGGAAGGGCUCCCGCGAAAGGCGGUGGCAUCUGGAUGAGCGGAGGUGGGCUCGCUAGUGAUAAUCCAGGGAGAUUGUUCUUCGCCAGCGGAAAUGGAUACGCCAACCAGCUGCAGGAUGAACCAGUGCCGGGUCGCCAACCUCCAACCGCUUUGGAAGAAGCAGUCGCGAACAUGGCUGUUCAUGCGAAUGGCAGUCUAUCGACAACAGACUUCUUCGUCCCCUGGGAAAAGAAUACCUUGGAUGCUAUGGACAAGGACUUGGGGACUUCGGGCUUUAUCCUCCUCGAGCCAGGCGUGUUCUCGACCACAAAAGUACCGCGCAUAGGAUGUAUCGCCGGUAAGACCGGGAAGUUUUAUUUCCUUAACCUGGAUGAUCUCGGCGGUUAUCAAAUGGGCCCGAAUCGGAAAGACGCUGUAUUGCAAACCACCGUACUGCCAAAUUCUGUCUUUGCCAGCGCUGGCACUUAUCCGUUUGAAGGUGGCUAUGUGUACGUCACACCAGUAGGCAACCCUACAUAUGCCUUCAAGUUCGGCCAAACUGCAGAUGGAAAUCCUAUCUUCACGGAGGCGGGAAGAACCGCAGAGUCAGCGGCCGGAAGACAGGGCGUCGGCCAUAGCUCUAUCACAACUAUGAACGGCGAGCCUGGAACCGGUAUUUUGUGGAUUGUUGAUGUGGAGGGCGUUACUUUGAGGGCAUAUGGUACUGUUCCAGUGGAUGGUGUUCUUCCCACCUACCGGCUUUUGAACAGCGACAGUCAGUCGAAAUUCUCGCGUCCAGCGUUCGGGAAUGGGAAAGUUUACGUCACAUCGUCCACCGGUUAUAUCAGUGCUUUCGGCUCGCCGGUCAAUAUGCCACUGAAUUGCUCUUCGCCGAUCGAAGCCGGAACCGUCGGUAUCGGUAACUCGUCGGUGGUCGGUGUCACCUGUGUAGCACUUGCCCCGGUUCAGGUUGACUCGGUUGAUCUUGAUUCACUCAACAAUUUCUCCGUUUUGGAUCUUCCUACGUUUCCCGUUACCAUGGAAAUCGGCAACAAAAUCUCGUUCAAGUCCAACUUUACUCCGAAGUCUGUGGGGCCGUUGUCGACGAACAUCAACAUCCGCUCUACAAACCUAGCUACACAGAAAUUUGCCUUGAAUACGCCGGUCGUGAUCCGCGGUAAAGCGAUUUCUCAGAAGCCGGUCCUCAAGAUUCAGCCUAAUGUCCUUGCUUUUGGUGAACUUAUCACAGGCGGUGAGCCAUCGAGCCUCUCCUUCGCCAUCAACAAUGCCGGACUUUCUCCGCUGGAGAUAACUUCAUACAAAUGGAGUUACAAUAGCUCUUCCGGUCCUUUCUUCACUCCCAACACCACGGCGACGGUUGAAGCAUUCACAUUCACCCAUCUUCCUAGCGUCGGUGGUGCUGUGCCGGCUGAAAGUGAACAAGUGGUUACCGUGCUUUUGAACCCUCCUAGCGACGGAAAAUGGCAGCUUUUCCUGAUCAUCGGCACAAAUGGUGGGACGAUCACAGUGGGAAUGUUUGGUACCUCGGGUGGUACGGCCAAGGCGAAGCUGGAGUGGCAACUGUCAAAUGGCACUUGGAUCGAAUACAAUAACGCAUCUUUCGUUUUCGAAAAUGGAACGUUCCGUGGCCAGCAGCAGUUCCGGAAGAUGCGAUUAACUAACAUCGGUGGGACCACUCUUACCACGACCGUAUCAAAACCGCCGAUAUCCGGCCCUCUGGCCGCGACUAACGCGUUGGGAUCCAUUGCCGAAGGCUCACAAUUGACACCUGGAAAGUUUGAGGAGGCAACGAUAAUAUGUUCGCCACCGAAAGGACAGGUUAAUAUCGACCCUGAGCUUCUCACCACCGUUUGGACUCUCAAUAACAACGAUCCAUCGUUCGGAAAACAUGUCAUCAAAUUCGAAUGCACGGCUAAAUCUCCGCAGGUCUGGGAAACCGAUGAGAACGGCCAGGCGUAUCACAGGUACAUUGGGUGUUACCAGGACGGGGAUCCUAUUCGACGGAUGGACACAAUAGGGCAUUCUACGGAUACGAAUACCAACUUGGAGUGUAUGAGAUCAUGUGCCAAGAAGGGCUCCGGUGUAUGGCCUUUCGUGGCGACUGAGUAUCACCGGGAAUGUUGGUGUGGAACGAGACUGCCGCCCAAGAAAGUCUCUGAUUCGCAGUGCAACUUUCUGUGCUCCGGAGACUACAACCAAUACUGUGGUGGUGCAGGUCAACUCAUGAGUCUUUUCUACGACAGACGUUUGUGGACGCCGAGCAACAUCACAACUACGACUUCAACAAACCCGUCUGCAACACCUACUCCUAAUCCUUGGAAAUAUGUCGGAUGCACUUCUGAAGGGACUAACGGCCGCGCUCUCACCGGUGGUGGCAAAGCCUCGCCUGAUAUGACGCCCAAAAUCUGUCAGGAUCAUUGUAAAUCACUCAGCCAACCUCUUGCCGGUAUUGAGUAUUCGCAAGAGUGUUACUGCGGCGCAGCUCUUUCCAAUGGCGCAGCUCUCGGAUCGAACAACUGUAACAUGGAGUGUGCCGGAGAUGUUUCGCAGAUCUGCGGUGGACCUGGGGCUCUGAGUCUUUACAGAUAUGACCUAGAUUCCAUCCCUUCGAACGGGUCAGUUACCGCAACACCGACUGAGCCCCCAAUGUCAUCGUCUACUGUCUCGCAAUCUUCGAUCGCUACCCCAACCGGUGAUCACGAAUAUUUAGGAUGCGCAACCGAGGGGAUCGGAGGCCGCGCACUUACUGGAGGCUUCAAGUUUUUCGACACCCUUACACCGGAGGACUGCCAGAAUUACUGCAGAUCACUCUCACUUCCUCUUUCUGGCAUGGAGUAUUCGAAGGAAUGCUUCUGUGGGUCUUCCCUCGCCAACAACGCCAAGUUGGGUUCACCGAACUGCAAAAUGCCGUGCGGUGGCGAUGGAAGCAAAAUCUGUGGAGGGCCCAAUGCUCUGAGUGUUUACCGUUUUGUUCCUAAGGACUCUGGUAACGCUACAACCUCCAACACCUCCGGAACCGUAACCCCCACAUCACCAUCAUCGAUCAUGGUAUCUGCUACGCCCACAGCCAACCCGAACUACAAGUACCUCGGCUGUAUAACCGAGGGGACCGGUGGGCGGGCGCUCACAGGCGGUUUUCUGUUCUUGGACACUAUGACGCGCCAAAAGUGCCACGACCAUUGCACGACACUCCAACUCAAGUACUCCGGGCUCGAGUAUUCGCAGGAGUGUUUCUGCGGCAGCUCCCUGGAAAAUGGUGCUGCGCUGGGUUCUCCAAAUUGCAAUAUGCCGUGUGCAGGAAAGCUGGACGAGAUCUGUGGUGGACCGGACGCGUUGAGCUGGUUUGAAUACGUGCCGGUGUUGCUGCCCGAGCUGGGUUCUUCAUCGGUAGCGGGGAGUUCGGUGGAUGUCUCGGGGACUUCCACAGAGGUUGUAUUUUCGACUACAGAGGCUGUACCUUCGACUUCAGACCAAGACGACUUUCCGUCGGCGUCUAUGUCUUCUUCGGCAGAGGGUGGGUCGCAAACAAAUUUGGCGUCUUCUACAGAGCAAAUAAUUUCAUCCUCGACGGAUGUACCUUCGGAAACGCCUUCCGGUUCAUUUUCGGAAAUCGAAUCCUCAACGGAUACGGCAUUCUCCACAGUGGACAUCUCAUCUUCCGUGGUCGACAUGUCUACGGCGCCUUCUGCUACAGCAGGUGUGUCUUCGUCCGCAAUAGAUGCCCUUUCAUCACCCACGGAAGAUACAUUGGUAGCCCCCUCAACAUCACCCACACCAGACAUUGCAAUCAUCACCACAACGUCUUCUCUGGGAUUGGACCAAUCCUACCUCGGAUGCGCCAGUGAAGGCAUUGACGGCCGGGCACUCCCGCUUUACACCUUUCAGUCGGCAGUGCUGACACCGGCGCUCUGUCAAGAGCGCUGUAGAAACCUCUCGCUCCCACUCUCUGGCGUUGAGUAUUCACGGGAAUGCUACUGUGGCGUCGCACUCUCUCACAACGCCACACUCGGCUCGAGCGGAUGCACGAUGCCAUGUGCCGGAGACUCGAGCAAAACCUGCGGUGGCUCCCGCGCACUCUCGGUUUACAACUGGACAUCGUGGGAGCCUGCACCAGAGCUCUUCGGAUGGGCCGAUCUGGGGUGCUGGAGCGAGGCGGUUGGUGAAAGGGCGCUUAUGGGCGAUAAGGUGGUCAUGAAGAAUAUGACUAUGGGAAUGUGCGUUGAUUACUGCGAUUUGAGGGGCUGGGAGUAUGCGGGUGGUGAGCAUGCGGGGGGAUGUUAUUGCGGGGACUCGCUGGCACCAACAGCACAGCAGUUGAAGAGGGAGAAGUGUGGAAUGCUGUGUGCGGGUGGUGGAGGAGCGUGUGGUGGGAAGAGUCGGUUGAGCGUCUAUAUGAAGGAGGAGUGAUACCUAAGG